GUUUGUGUACUUGAACUUAAUUUUAAAUAUUGUACAAUUAAAUGCUAAGCAAAAAGAAACAUCAAGAAUACAACAGAAAAAUGGAAAAUAUAGGACAUAAACGAAGUGGAGAGAUAUCCUGUAAGGUACAAUGUAAGAAAGUGAAAAUAGAGUCUUCAAAAAACGUAUGUUAUAUAGACUAUAUAUCACAACCACCUUCUUUAGAAAGUAUAACUCUUACGUCAAUAUCAAUAAGACUGUGGACUGAACCCGAUAUAAGUGAGGACGUAAAGCAGCACUCUAUGCGCUAUGGAUCUGAAAUUAUAUGCACCGAUCCGAGAGAAGCUUAUCAUAAAUUGGAAGAAAGAGUAACUGAGAAAUUAGCAGAUCUUUGCUUGCCUGAUCUACUAAAAAUCAAAGUAUCUGAUGUUAUCAGACCCAUUGGAUUGCAGUUGCUGAAAUGUUUCGAUUCGAAAGACGAUGAAUAUUGCAAAGUUAAAGAUCUUUCUGAAAAGCAUUGCACAGUUUAUUGGACAGCUGAAGGCAUCAUCGAUAAACGUAGAUCACUUGUAGAACUGAUCAAAAAUGAAAACCAAGAAAACAGUAUUUGUCAAUUGUAUGAGUUAGCGUGUAAAUACUGUUUAGAGGAAUAUGUUUUUUCUUUAUGGGAAAAUAUACCACUCGAUAAAAAAAUUACAUAUAUUUCAAGCGAAAGAGCAACUUUAUACAACCAUUAUGGUUAUGAUAUGAUAGAUUAUUGGACUGCUUAUAUAAAUGAUGAAUUACCUAGUCUAUUAAGUAAGAUUAAGAAGACUGAUCAUCGUAAUAUCUAUGACUGUAAUUUAAGCAUUCAUCACAACAUGGUUACGUUAUCAAUUUUUGUUUGUAAUGAAUUUAGUCUCCGAUAUUUUUGGCACAAAUUGACUGCAGAACAGAAAGAAGCUAAUAUGGAAAAUUGGAUAGAACAAAUUAUACAGAAAUAUAAUAGAGUAUUAAGUAGAAAAUAUGAAUACCAAAACUAUCACGUAUUUACUAAUAUUUUAUGUUUUUUGCUAUCUCAUUUAAAGGAUCAAAACCAGGUUUUUCAAACUCAUUCUGAAACAAUACUGAAAGCUUUAUUUUUCGAUUGGCCAUAUCAACGCUUCUUCAUAUCAACAAUCAAUUUAAUGUUCGACUAUCUUGAAGAGGACACAUAUACUAAAACGAUGACAUACAUUGUUAGAGAAAUCAAAGAAGGGAGAAACACUGUGGAAUUGUUUAGGAAAAUUUGGCGUAGAAGUCCAGUAAGACUUAAAAACGCAUGUCUGCCAGUCAUUGUAAAUGGAUGUCACGCCAUUCGUAACUUGCUUUCUGUUGAAGACUUGGAAACAAUCAAUUUAGUACUAACUAGUUUCUCAGCCAAUGAUAAAAAGGAAGUAAUAUUUAACUUAAUCGGAAGUGAAGAGCUGCGGAAGCUUUUAUAUCUAAGUAAAUUUACUCUGCUUGAUUCCUUGGCAAAAAAUACUCUUCCAUCUGAUUGUGAUAUCAAACGUUUCAGAGAAAGUUUGGAACAGAAAUAUGGAGAUGGACUGUACCAUAAAUGGAUUCUUGGCAAGAAUUUUCAAGCAGUAGACAAAAUGUUAAAGUGGGUUAUUGAAAUUCCUGAAGAGAUUGAGAGCUUUAAAAAAAAUGGACUUAAUAAGUUUUCAAUAUACACAUCAUUAAUAUGCUUGGGUGAUUUUGGACUUAUUGACCGAUUUAUGAAUUGGUGUUUUGAAAGUGUAGAUGAAAGUAAUAGUUUUAAACAAUCAUACGUACGUAAUUCUACUGCAUGUAUACAAUUAUUACAAGGAUUAGGUCAUUUGGGAGAAAACGGAUGGGAUUUUUUUGAGGAGUUUUUAAAAUACAGCUCAUUUUCUACGGAGAUAGUUGCAAAUUUUAAAAAAUUAUGUCUGGAACAAAUAGCAAGUUUAGUAGAUCGUUAUUACUUCGAAUUUGCUAUGCAUCUUUUACACUGGUGCUUGGAUUCUUCCAAGGAAAUCAAAGAAUUUAAGAAUGAAUUGUUCCUGUCCGAGGAAGGAAGUAGAAUUAUUUUUUAUGAAAUGGACCGAAAAUAUCCUAACUGGAACAACGUGAAAAACAUUUUGAAAUGGUUUUCACCGCUUUCAAGAAAAUCAGUCGACUCUUUAAAGCGAGAUCUUGAAGAUGAUGAAUUUUCUGAGGAUGGAUAUGGUUAUUCUCCUGCUAACAAAAAGAAGUUUUUCCUUCAUCUACUUGAUAAUUUCAAAGCGUGUAACAGUACUUCAGAUAGUGAUAGCAGUUCUGGCGAUGACAGAGAAUUUAUGGAGAUAUUGAACGACUCAGUAGGUGAUGAUGAUGAUCCCAUGCAGCAUGAAAGGGCAAAUAAACGUUAA